AUGAGACCUAUUGUUCAGCUUUAUGAGUGUUUGUGUGUGUUUUUAAUCAGCUCUCUGUCUCUUGGUUUGGACACGUUUGGACUGAGAGAUUUGUGGCAGAGUGUGUGUGUGUGUGUGUGUGUGUGCGCAUGCUGAGCUCAGCAGUUCUGUUCCGCUUGGCUGCACAGGAAACGUUUCUGUGUGUUUGUAGAUUUUGGCUCUUCAAUGUGAUGCAGAGAUGUAAGAAUGUGAGAGUUAAAUGUCCUCAUUCUGUCCUGUCCUCUGCAGUGGUGUCUGUUUCCCUCCCCGCACCCACCAACGUCUCCAUCACUUCCUUCAACAUGGAGCACACACUCAGCUUCCUGCCGGGCCCCGAGACCCCGUCCAGCGCCCGCUUUGCUGUCGAGAUCCUCCAGUUCAGGAGGAACUCGUGGCAGCAGGUGGCUGGUUGUUUGGAGCUGACGGCCGGACAGACGUGCAGUCUCACCCAAGCGUUUAAUGAAACGUUUGAUGAGUACGAGGCCCGCGUCCAGGCCUUCACACCCAACCAGACGUCCAAAUGGACCGCGUCCAAGCGGUUCCAACCUCUGGCAGACACUGUGUUGGGACCUCCUGAUCUGAGCGUGUCCGGCUGUGGGAACUGUUUGCUCCUGAAGUUCAAAGCUCCUACAACAAAGGGACUCCAGCAGCUGAGGGACCACCAUGUAGACCUGGUCAUCCAAGUGAAAAGGACCAGGGAUGGUGUACAGUUCACGCUGAGUCAGCCUUACAAAGAGGAGGUCACGAUCACGUACCUGCAGCCAGGUGUGGAGUACUGUGUGAGCGUCUCCCUGAAAACACUGUUCAACUUCAAGUCUGUGACCGGCGAAGCUCACUGCGCCUUCACCAGCCCUCCUCAGCCCACAGACUCACGUACGUCACACCUGUUGCACUCUGACACCGCAAACCAAACACUCACAGUGUAUGUGGUCUACAGCCUGCUGGCUGUGUUCAGCGUGCUGGGCUGUCUCCUCGGCGGACUGGUCGUCUACAGCACUCGGCCGAGCUUCAGAUUAGUGCGACCGUGGCUGUCCAGAAGACGCGUAAGAGAUCCAGCUGCGUGUGCUGGGACAUCCAGAAUCAAUGUCGUACUUGUUCCUCGGAGGCCAGAGUCCUGAAAGAGCACCGCCUGAACGCUCGGGUCAGAUCUCAACCACGCAGCUCCAUGAAGGGGACUCAGCUGAGUGUCUUCUGCCUGCUCACAGACCUGCUGAAGCGCUGAGCAUCAGUUCUGACGAGGGACAGGAUGGAUAGGCAGUGAAACCACAUGUUGGAGAAGGACGCGAUGGAGGCUGGCGGACCAGACUUUGCUGACGGCUUUGAAAAGAAGUGGAGUUGUGGGUAAUGUCAGUGGUUUAGUUUCAGGGUGAGAUGAUUCUGAAAAUAGGAAUAAUUCUGUUUAUGUCAAUAUUUCUAACUUUCUCUGACUUUCUAGAUUAGUUUGAGGUGGUUGAAUUUGUUGUAUAUGUUAAACUCAGAGUGAAAGUCUUAUAGCAAUAACUGUAAAACUUUUGUAUAGUUGGUGCAUUAUUACAUUAAUACUGUUUAUUUUGUUUUUGUAAAGCGUCCAUCCUUUUACGAAAUGAUACUGUCUAUAACUACUGUUGUUGCUAUCCACAUGUAUGUGCUAAAUUUAAACACUGGAAAGUUUUUCAACAACUAUUAUUGUCGUUACAGUCCUUUCAUGAUAAUUUUCCAGGAAACAAACUUGUUAGUUCAUCUUCUCUUAUUAACAUCUACUUUGGAUCAACCCAUUGUUAUUGUAAAUUCAUAAAUGAUAGAUAAACCUCCUUUUCCUCUUUG